AUGGCGCGCAUUGCGCACCUUCUCCUUCUCGCGCUCGCGCUCAGCGCGCUGUCCUCCCCUCGUCUCGCCCUCGGGGUGGACCUCUCUCUCGCGGCGCUGCACGCGCGCGCGGGUUGCGCGGAGCACACUUACCCGUACGCGUGGAGUGGAACGCACCCGUCGCACGCGCACGCGAGCGGCACGGCGCCAGCGCCGCAUCAUUCGACGCCGGAUCCGCAUCACGACGGCGGCGAAGAAGCGUAUGUCGACGCGUACGACUCGCCCCCCACAGCGCCAGGGAUAGACAUAGUUACCCCUCACACACCCGCGGCUGUGUGCGACACGACGCAGUUCACGGAACAGCUGCCCGAGUUACUUCCCAGCCUCCCCCGUGCAUCGCAGUGUCGUCGACAUCGAAACAGUGUUGCGACGCCAUCGCGAACACGGUCGGCUCGGACGAAGACGCUUCGCUGCCCGCGUGCCUAUGCAACCGAGACGCGUUCGUGCUGA